ACUGGGAGCUGCUCUGCACCCAGCUUGCUGGCAGCGUUUGUGUUAUAACUCUAAUGACUAUCCGCCAUCAUGGUGUCUUGCCCCAUUUGCAGCCAAUCCGUCUCCUCCCUGAAGAUCAACGACCAUAUCGAUUCUGACUGCCAGAACUUUAUCGAAGAGCCGUCCAGCUCGGGCGAGACUCCCGCCACUCAGAAAGCUCCGGUUCCCAGCUUCUUCCAGCCAGCCUCUGCGAAGAAAGCUACUGCCCAGUCUGCUCAAGCAAAUGGACAGCGAGAUCAAAAUGUGACGUCUUCCCCCUUGCGCAACGUCAACGGCAAACGGGCGACACCGCACGAUGCCAACUCGUCAGAAGUAUACGAGAGAUCUGGGCCUAGCCAACCGUCGAGUGAGCCAAAGAAACCCAAGGUUAGUGCCUUGCAAAAGGCUGCACCGUUACCGGAACGCAUGCGUCCCCGGACUCUUGACGAUGUCUGCGGGCAAGAGCUUGUAGGGCCAAACGGGGUGCUUCGGGGCCUGAUCGAGCAAGAUCGGGUUCCCAGCAUGGUCCUUUGGGGUGGUCCAGGAACAGGGAAAACAACCAUUGCUCGCGUGAUUGCUUCGAUGGUUGGUAGUCGCUUUGUCGAGAUCAACAGCACCAGUACCGGGGUUGCCGAGUGCAAGAAGAUCUUCUCCGAAGCGAAAAGUGAGCUCAGCCUAACGGGACGGAAGACCAUCAUCUUCUGUGACGAGAUUCAUCGAUUCUCCAAGUCCCAACAAGAUGUUUUUCUGGGGCCCGUAGAAAGUGGGCAGGUUACGCUCAUUGGUGCCACCACCGAGAACCCCUCCUUCAAGGUGCAGAGCGCUCUGCUGUCCCGGUGUCGGACAUUCACUCUGUCCAAACUUACAGACGAGGAUAUCAGAUCAAUCCUUCAUCGGGCACUACGCCUGGAAGGACCGAACUAUUCGCCUUCGGAACUGGUCGACGAGGAAUUGAUUGAUUACUUGGCCAAGUUCGCCGAUGGGGACGCGCGGACGUCCCUCAAUCUUCUUGAGCUCGCCAUGGAUCUGUCGAAACGGCCUGGAAUAAACAAGGACGAGAUCAAGCGGUCAUUGACGAAGACACUUGUUUAUGACCGGGCCGGGGACCAACACUACGAUACCAUUUCCGCCUUUCACAAGUCUAUCCGGGGGAGCGAUCCGGAUGCGGCGCUAUACUAUCUUGCUCGCAUGAUCCAGUCCGGGGAAGACCCGCUCUAUAUCGCUCGACGUCUCAUCGUGGUCGCAUCCGAAGACAUUGGGCUUGCUGACAACAGCAUGCUCACGCUAGCCAUCUCGACCCACUCGGCCGUGGAAAAGAUCGGCCUACCGGAGGCACGGAUCAAUCUGGCACAUGCGACGGUUGCCAUGGCACUCUCAAAGAAGAGCACGCGGUCGUACCGCGCCCUGAACAAUGCAUUUGCUGCGCUAGCAGAGCCCGGUGUCGCUGGGCUACCGGUUCCGAUCCAUCUGCGCAAUGCGCCGACUCGGUUGAUGAAGGAGCUCGGAUAUGGCAAGGAAUACAAGUAUAAUCCUAACUAUGUCGAUGGGGAGGUUGUCCAGGAUUAUCUUCCGGAGCAGAUUUUGGGACGGAAGUUUUUGGAGGAUCACGAUUUAGGGCAUCAGGUGGACCCAGAUCUUAUGAGGUAGACUAUCAUGUCGCUGUCAAUGAGGCAGUAUAAACCUGCCAGUGCCAUUGACUCACCCUCUGUCAUCACACACACAAGGCCACGUAUAACCAGCCUGUGCCCCAUGGCAUGAAUAUGCUUACACAAGACCACCUCGAUCGCCUCGAGCGUUGGCAGUAUGUCAAUGCCAGAUCUGGGACGUAAGUCCAUCUGCACGGUCAGACGGAGACCAUCAAUAUCCAUGCAGGGGUUUCCAGAAAUAGCAUUCCCCUGUUCAGGCACAGGGAAGUGCACAUUGGGCGAUUGGAUAGGAGUAUGAGCAACCAUGGAGGCCAGCAGACACCCGGGGUACAUCUAAGGAACAGCCUCACACAUAAUUUCCUACCAAGAACAAUAGACCGUGGUAGAAACAAGGAUUUUAU